AUGAGCAUAUUAAAGUAUACUGUUGAGUUGAUCCAUCUAUAUAUUGGUUUAAUAUACAGUUCAUUAAAAGAUUCAGGUCUGACAUAUUCUAUAUUAAAAACAGGCAAAAGUAUUGAGUAUUGAAAUUGAAACUUAAAAACCUUCUCCCGAUGAGCUGGACGCUUUUCUCAAUAGUUUCUAUCACACAAGAAGCGUGUUCGAGAAGAACAAAGAAAGAGAGAGACGCUCAUUAGAAUACAUUUUCCCCCCCUACUCCUUUCUUGGCACAUUAAAACAUGAAGGGACAUUUCUGAGAAAACCACAUUGACACCUCUGUGCAGUUUUGAACACGAUGCAAAGGAAGCAACGCAACCCAAGAGUGCACCUUACAAGAAAUGAGAUCUGCAGCAGGAUUUGACACAAAAAGCAAGCCAUGCAAGUUGACAGGAUGACAUGGAAGCUUGAUGCGCAGCACGAGGGCACACAAAUUCAUCAGCAGUGAUUUUGGCAGACGAUGAGGUAAGCACAAUAACAUUGAAUUAUUUAAAUGUUUAGCUGCUGUUUACUAUCGACCUACUUCCUACACCUAUAAACACAGUGUGAAGUUGAGGAUUAUGUGUGCAGGGGUGUGCGUGUGUGCGUGUAAACGUCAGCCACAGGAAGUGAGGGUCGGCAUGGGUGUUAAAGCGGGUGGUUCUGUAUAUGUUGAUGAGUGCGAGAAAAUGGUCUGAGAUGCGGUUGAAAAGAGAUCACAUAAAUUUGAUUAUGGUUAGAGUAGGAGGAAGUUUGUGAUAUUCUUAGACAGAUGAGCUUUAAUUCGACAUUAGACUGGUGAUGGUGGUCGAUUAUGUGGUUAGUAACACCAUCAUACUGUACAUUCAGAGGGAGAAAGUCAAUAAAGUGAAGUUAGCUACAGUGACAUUAUGAUUACUGCUAUGGCUUUCUUUCAGAUUUGGAAAAUGUUUUUUAAGUGUGAAAUAGCAGAAGUUGAACUUUUGUUACAGAAGCUUUUCAGACAUGACUCACUAAAUGAUGAUUGUAUGUGAAAGGUUCAACUCAAAGGGCAGGAAAGUCCAGUAGCGUCUCUGAAUUCCCUCACAUUCACACAUGGAUGUUUUUUUCUUUUUUUUUCAACUUCUCCUUUUUUUGUUUUAUCUGUAGAAACUAUUCAGUGUGGAUGGAACAUUCAGAGUUCAGUCACCAUGAUGGUGGAACAUUGUAUCUGUCAUAAUAAAGAGGAAAAACACCUAUUUCUGUUUCUUGAAGUUUUGUGAGUGGAAGCAAAUGAAGGGAAGACAAUAUCAGGAGUCAAAAGAUCUACACUGUUCCAAUAUGAACACAUCGUACGACUACGGCUCAAACGACUCAUACGACUCAUACGACUCAAACGACUCAUACUUUGAGUAUGAUUAUAAUGACACCUGUUAUCCUGGUCCAGAGCUGCCCGAUGGAUCCACAGUCCUGCCCGUUCUUUACUACAUGCUGUUUUGUCUCAGUCUGCUAGGCAACACCUUAGUUCUCUGGGUUCUCCUCCGGGACAUGAAGCGGAAGACUAUGACGGACGUCUGUCUCCUCAACCUGGCCCUGUCUGACCUCAUACUGGCUGCAUCCCUGCCCUUCUACAACUACCCAAACCUUUUGUCAUGCAAACUGAUGACGGGAGUCUAUCAGUUGGGUUUCUACAGUGGGACUUUGUUUGUGACCCUAAUGAGUGUGGACCGCUACCUGGCCAUCGUCCACGCUGUUGCAGCCAUGCGAGCCCGGACACUUCGCUAUGGAAUCAUAGCCAGCAUCACUAUCUGGGUUCUAUCUGUCAUCAUGAGCCUCCCUGGGGUGAUAUUUGCCUCCUUGGAGAUAGAUGAAGAUGAGAACAGCCCCCAGUGCCAGCCACUGUACCCAAAUGACACGCAGCAGUUUUGGAAGAUGCUGCGAAACUUCAGCGAGAACACAGUGGGCCUUUUCGUCUGCCUCCCCAUCAUGAUUUUCUGCUAUGUGAAAAUCCUUGUUGUGCUGUCCAAGUCCAGGAACUCCAAAAAGGACAAAGCUGUAAAGCUGAUUUUCACCAUAGUGUGUUUGUUUGUAGUGUGCUGGGUCCCCUACAAUGUCACAGUUUUCCUUCAGACACUGCAGCUCCUGCACAUCCUGAACAACUGCGAGGCUUCAAAAACCAUCAACUCCACCAUGGUCUCUGCUGAGAUUAUUGCACUGUGUCACUGCUGUGUAAAUCCAGUCAUCUAUGCAUUUGUAGGUGAGAAGUUUAGGAAGUCACUGGGCAAAAUAAUGUCUAAAUACCUCAGCUCGAGUCAACAGAGCAGAGGGACUCUCAGCCACAGAGACACCACAGACAAAGAGACUUCCAACACAGGUGUAAAAUCCGAUUACUAAGAAUGAUAGACGCACCUUGCUGCAAAGAUGGUAAAGUGCGUGUGUGUCAGGGCUGUCAAUAUUGGCCCAAAAUGAUGUUCGAAUAUUCGUUCUAAAAAACACAUAGGUUCAAACUAUUUGAAUAGUUUUUUGCGCAUUAUGCCCAGGACACCGCGUCCUAACUGGCCCCGGGUGAUGCAGCACUGCGCAGUGCAACGCCAUUUUGAGCUGAACUUUUUCGUAUGCCCUGUUUCUAUUUAUUCCUGACGCUGGCUUUGAAAGCCCGUAAUGGACGAGGAAGGGCUGAUUCGUGAAGUUGAAACCUAAAUAAGGUGGCAGCUGGCUGAAGGGAGAUCAUAUUACCUGAAAGUUUCCUACUGGCUGUCGUUGGCUGUAUUGUUAGUCAUUUCCAGUAAAUAUCACAAUACAAAACAUGCAUUUUCUGUUUAAAAAGUACAAACUUCGGAAGAUAGCAAGUAGCCUCCUACUCACCCAUCUUUUAAGUGGUUAAGUCUCCAAUCUUUGAUCUUCAGCGUGCAGCGGAUGGAUGUGUGGUUUGUAUACAUGACGUAAGGACACGGUGUGACUCUUUGCUGCCGAGUUCUCUCCAUCAUUACAGUUGUUGUUGAAUUAUUCCUUGUUCACCUUUGACCUAAUGUUACAUUUCAUUUUCAAUUAAUGAAAGGGAUGUUUCAGUGCGUGCGAGGCCGACAGCCCCGGUAGUGCUGGUUUUUAUUUUCACAAUCAAAUAUUAAUUUCCAUAUUCAAAUAUCAGUUUUUUCUUCAAAUAUAUUCUCAUUCGAAUUUAGAAUAUUUGUUGACGACCCCAGUGUGUGUGUGUGUGUGUGUGUGUGUGUGUGUGUGUGUGUGUGUGUUUGUGUUGUGCAUAUAGUUGGUGCUUCUAAGAGCUGUAAAAUGAUACUCAGAUUAUCCCCAGUAAGAACAAAAUAAUCUUUUAUUUUGAAAGUGUAUAGAAUUUUAUGCAACUGUUAAAAUCACAUACAGUAAUUCAAAGUAUAUUUGUAACUUGUAUAAUUAAACUGUUUUUGUAAAAUAAAGAAAAUAAAACUUU